ACAGAGGUAGCAAGGGAGGGCUGAGGGAGAGGAGAGUUGCGAGGCAAAACGGCUGGUCACAUGAGCACAGAUCUGUUUACAAACCCAGAGCAGAGCGAGGGGUGGAAAGGAAAAACGGCUAACUGCUUUCUCCCUGAGCACCAUUAUGGACUGAAAGAGGAAGAAGGGAAGCCUGCCAUGACAAAGCCAGCUGGAGGUGGGAGAGACUGAGCUCAACACGCAAACACACUCAUGCACACACACUGCCUUUGUCUCCUGUUUUUUUUUUUCUCAAUUGAAGGAGCAGAUGGUUAGAGGGAGAGUAGGAUCCCCCUCCUCCCUAGUCAUACACAGUGACUGACAUACAAACAGAGACCAGCGGAAUACCAGCUCCACAGCUCCGGGACUGUUGUUUGACUGCAUGGAGCUGUCCUCACUUUGCCUGGCCUUCGAGGGAAGCGCAUCGUGGGCCUCUGCACUGUGGAGGAAUAACCCCUGCAAGAUUAGAGGACUGAGGGAGGAGACAGAGGAGACGAGAGGGGGAUGAGACCUGAAAAUCCCUUGUCAAAAAAGCUGCUUUGAUGCCGAGACAAAGCACUGACUAAUGCCUGAUAAUUACCAUCAUUCUACGAGGACUGUCAUCUCCAACUGUGAAUGUUAUUGAGCACAACAAGGGGACACUAUCACAAAGUGGAUACAAAGAGCCCUGUUUUCUGCUCUAAAUGUAAGUAUUUCCUGUCACUAAGGAGCUUCUUUUGUUGUGAACUGAGCAAGAACUGAGCAAGAUUCUGUUGUUGUUGUUGAAUGGCACACAUGCAGCGAAGCUAACAAAAAAAAACACUCAACCACCAGUCAACAAGAUUUCUUUGUCUCUUCCUCGUCUCCAUGCUGAUGACAUCAUUCUCACUGGGACCCAGGAGCACAUGAGGUCUCCAGAACUGGUUCAAAACCUCAAUCCCAAAUCUCCCAAUGUUUAACACAGACUGGUUAAUCCUAGAUUUGGGAAUGUUGAGGCUGUAAAGAGUGCUGAGCCAACAAAAAAAUCCUUCAAAACCACCACCUCCUCCUCCUCUGCCUGAGGAUUUGUGGAAUCAGAAGCAAAUCUGAAAAUCUUGAUGGCUGUUUUUGAAGGGACUGUGAGCCAAACAAAGGAGUCAUCCAGCUGAGGGGGACUGCAGAAGGUUCGGUGUCCGGAGUGGCUGCCCACGAGCUUGGCCUCCAUCCAGACUUUCUCCUGACAGGGCCUGAAUUGACUGCUGCUGCCCUGGGAGUCAAAUUUCAUGCAACCAUUCCAAUGGUGUAACGGGUGCCUCUGUGCUUUGGGUAUUCAGCGCUCUGAACACUACUGCAGCAUGACGUCGGACAUCUACCACCUCCCGCUCAAUGUCUAUGUCAUUGUGCUGGGCAUUGGCCUCUUCGUCUUCAUGCUCAGCCUCAUCUUCUGCUGCUACCUGUUCAGGUUGAAACAACAAGGAACUAGAGAACAGUUUAGCUACAAUGAGGUGGUGCUAAAGGGAGCAAGUAAGAAACUGAGCCUUCUUGGACAAACUUGUGCAGUGUGUCUGGAAGAGUUUAGAACCAGAGAUGAACUGGGAGUGUGUCCAUGCUCACAUGCAUUUCACAAGAAGUGCCUCCUUAAAUGGCUGGAGAUCCGCAGUGUGUGCCCCAUGUGUAACAAGCCCAUUAUGCGGCUGCACACGGACGCUCCGCAGGGUGCUGAGGGCCCCUUGGACCCAGAGGAGGUGUGAAUUGAACUGUAGAGGGUGCACUACUGCCCUCCUCUGUGGAUAAUAUACACAUAUUCAAAACACUACAGUCAACGAAGAACCAUGGUCUAUUUAAAGACAGGAAUUAUUGAUAAUGAUCCAGUUUAGCCAGUUUGCUACCGACCUUGAGCAAUAUGCCUAUACUGUGGAAUUGAGACAAAAUGACGCGGUCAGGAAGUGGGUAGAUAAAUAGGAUGUUUUCAUGACAAAAUGCUCCUAGUUCUACUUCCAUGUUGCACUGUUCACCAAUAUAAAACAAAAAGGAAAGGAGCCACAUUUAGAAAAAGCAGGAGAACCAUUGCUAGUCAUGGGACGAUUAGGACAGAAUUGCCAGGGGUUAGGACACUCUAAUUACAGAGACAGUAUGGAUACCUCUAAUAUCUCAGGAGUGUUACCAAUAAACAGCCAGCACAACCAUGUCCUUCACUUUAACGCUGUGCCACACAUUAAGUACUGCCAAUGUAGGUGCAACAAUCAUGCAAUCAGAGUCGGCUACAGCCUCCGAACUGACCCAAUCCGAGACCAGCGGGAUCACAACUAGUAAAACCCAACCGUAAUGUUACAGAUUGUGUCCCAGGCCCUUUCCUUAAAAAGACUGAUAGCAAACCUAGUCUUGCCUGUAUGUAUUGUACGUAAUGUGUCCCUAUAUAUUGUUAUUUUGUAUUUGUUGCUUUUAAAUAAAAUGUUACGUAUUGUAUUGUAA